AAGAUAAGGUUUCUGGUCGGAAACAUUUCACUGUCGCCUGUGCUGGUCUAGUUGUUGGUGAAACAGCAGUGCAAGCUAAUUUCAUCGAGCACUCAGCAAAGGGAGACUGGAUUAACAGUGUACUUGCAGUCUACAGUGUUUUACUGUACAGUGUGGUGGGAUGGAGCUGGCCCACAGUCUGUUGCUCAAUGAAGAAGCCCUGGCUCAGAUUACAGAGGCUAAGAGACCAGUCUUUAUAUUCGAAUGGUUACGCUUCCUGGAUAAAGUACUUGUUGCUGCUAAUAAGGUCGAUGUGAAAGAGAAGCAAAAGAAGCUGGUGGAGCAGUUGACUGGGUUGAUCAGCAGUGCUCCAGGACCUCCCACCAGGAAACUGUUGGCUAAAAACCUGGCUACUCUCUAUAGCAUCGGGGACACCUUCACAGUCUUCCAAACACUCGACAAGUGUAAUGACAUUAUCAAAAGCAAGGAUGACACUUCCGCUUACCUGCCAACCAAACUGGCUGCAGUAGCUUGCGUUGGUGCCUUUUAUGAGAAGAUGGGCCGAAUGCUUGGCAGUUCCUUCCCAGACACGAUUAAUAAUCUCCUGAAGGCUUUGAAAAGUGCAGAGUCUCAGGGCCGUGGUGAGAUUCUGCUCAGCUUGCAGAAAGUGUUAAAUGGACUGGGAGGUGCUGCUUCUUCCUGCCACCGGGACAUUUACAAGAAUGCUCGCUCUUUACUCACGGACAGAUCCAUGUCAGUUCGAUGUGCAGUAGCCAGGUGCCUGUUUGAACUCCAGAAUGAAGCUGUGUUCAUGUGGACCACGGAACUGGAAAAUGUUGCUACCUUGUGUUUCAAAGCUCUGGAAGGGUCGAACUAUGGAGUACGUGUAGCAGUAUCCAAGCUUUUGGGAACAGUGAUGGCCACUGCUUUGAUGCCAAAGCAAGCAGCUGUAAUGCGGCAGAAUGUGAAGCGGGCCACGCUGGAUGAAGUGCUGGAGCUUAUGUCCACUGGAUUCUUGCGUGGGGGGUCGGGCUUCCUGAAGAGCGGGGGGGAGAUGUUGAAGGGAGGCGGCUCUGUCAGCAGAGAGGUGCGGGUUGGUGUCACACAGGCCUAUGUUGUCUUUGUCACCACGCUGGGUGGCCAGUGGCUAGAGCGUAACUUUGCCACAUUCCUGUCCCACGUCCUGGACUUGGUGUCCCACCCCCGGGCCACUCAGACCCACGUGGAGGCCGUGUACUCCCGCCGCUGCGUCUCUUUUCUGCUCCGGGCCACCCUGGGCAGCCUGCUGGGGGAGAAAGCUCAAAUUGCAGCCGCCAAAGAGAUCUGCCAGGCCAUCAGCAAGCAGAUGAGGGCAGUUGGUAAGGAACAGAUUGUUGAUGGGGGGGAAAUGACAAGGUUCAAAGCAUUACAGAAAGCUGUUGUGAAUGAUGCCAACAAUGAAAACAAAGCAGGUGCAGCAGACGUCUCCUCAAGCCAGCAUGUAAUGGUGUGUGCCCUCAAAGAAUUGGGCAGCCUGGUGCGGAGCCUGAGUGCCACUGCAUCACCGCUGAUACAGGAGCCCUCCAUUGGCUUCCUGGAGACAGUGACCUCAGUGCUUUUGCACCCAAGCAUGGCUGCACGACUGGCAGCUGCGUGGUGCCUGCGCUGCGUCGCGGUAGCACUGCCCUAUCAGCUCACACCUUUACUGGACCGGUGCGCUGAGUGCAUAAAUAACCUGAAAACCUCGCCUGAAGCUGUCAGCGGUUACAGUUUUGCUAUGGCAGCACUGCUGGGAGGGGUACACCAGUGUCCUCUAGGCAUUCCUCAUGCUAAAGGAAAGAUGGUGGUCAACAUUGCAGAAGAUCUUCUGCGUACUGCUGCUCAGAACAGCCGUCUUUCCCUACAGCGCACACAGGCUGGGUGGCUUCUCCUGGGUGCACUCAUGACUUUAGGCCCUUCUCUUGUUCGCUACCACCUUCCAAAGAUGUUGCUUCUCUGGCGAAACGUGUUUCCCCGCUCACAGAAGGAGCUGGAGGCUGAGAAGGCGAGAGGAGACUCUUUCACCUGGCAGGUCACUCUGGAAGGCCGUGCUGGAGCACUGUGUGCAAUGAGGAGUUUUGUUGCUCAUUGCUCUGAGCUGCUUACAGAAGAUGUGAUCCGCAGACUGAUGACGCCAAUCGAGUGUGCAAUGACUAUGAUGUCUCACAUCCCCUCUGUCAUUAAGGCGCAUGGAGUUCAUUUGAAGGCCAGUGCUGCAAUGGUUCGAUUGAGACUCUAUGAUAUUCUGGCUUUGUUACCACCAAAAACAUAUGAAGGAAGUUUCAAUGCACUCCUUCGCGAGCUGGUUACAGAGUUCACUCUGACUGAUAACUCUGCAAACACCACCACGUCCCUGCUGAGGUCCCUGUGCCACUACGACGACAGUGUACUGCUUGGCUCCUGGCUUCAGGAAACGGACCACAAAUCUAUUGAAGAUCAGCUGCAGCCGAACAGUGCAUCAGGUAGCGGAGCUUUGGAACAUGACCCCUCCUCCAUUUACUUGCGUGUCCCAGUGGGUGAAGCUAUACCUGGUCCAUUGCCUUUGGGAGUUUCAGUCAUCGAUGCCUCUGUGGCCUUGUUUGGUGUGGUCUUCCCUCAUGUUUCUUUUAAACAUCGGCUGCAGAUGUUGGAUCACUUUGCUGAAUGCAUCAAACAAGCCAAAGGUGUUCGUCAGCAAGCUGUCCAGCUAAACAUUUUUACUGCAGUUCUUAGUGCACUGAAGGGUCUAGCAGAGAAUAAGAGCAGCCUGGGCCCAGAGGAGGUUCGAAAGUCUGCCCUGGCGCUGGUUAUGGGAGCUCUAGACAACUCUAACCCUAUCCUGAGAUGUGCUGCUGGGGAAGCUCUGGGCAGGAUGGCCCAAGUGGUGGGAGAGGCCAGUUUUAUUGCUAGAAUGGCUCAGUACAGCUUUGAUAAAUUAAAAUCUGCUCGGGAUGUUGUGUCCCGUACUGGGCACUCCCUUGCUCUAGGAUGUCUUCAUCGGUAUGUUGGGGGUAUAGGCUCAGGGCAGCAUCUGAAGACCAGUGUCAGCAUUUUGUUAGCUCUCGCGCAGGACGGAACCUCCCAUGAAGUCCAGACCUGGGCUCUUCACUCCCUGGCCCUGAUCGUGGACUCCAGUGGGCCGAUGUACCGGGGCUAUGUGGAGCCCACUCUGUCCUUAGUACUGACCCUCCUGUUGACAGUUCCUCCGUCGCAUACAGAAGUGCAUCAGUGUCUCGGACGCUGCCUGGGAGCUUUGAUCACAACAGUAGGGCCUGAGCUGCAAGGAAAUAGUGCUACAAUCUCUACUAUCCGCUCCUCUUGCCUGGUAGGGUGUGCAAUCAUGCAGGACCAUUCAGAUUCCCUUGUUCAGGCUGCUGCCAUCUCCUGCCUGCAGCAGCUUCACAUGUUUGCCCCACGCCAUGUUAACUUGUCCAGCCUGGUCCCUUGCCUCUGUGUCCACCUGUGCAGCUCUCACCUGCUUCUUCGUCGUGCUGCAGUGGCAUGCCUGCGACAGCUGGCGCAGAGAGAGGCAGCAGAAGUUUGUGAGUACGCUAUGAGCUUGGCGAAAAAAGCAGGCGACCCCAAGGACAGCAGUGGAAUCAAUUUGAAUAUCACUGAGACUGGUCUUGAAGGAGUCCUUUUUGGGAUGCUGGAUCGGGAGACUGACAAGAAACUCUGCUCUGACAUUCAUGACACUUUGGGACACAUGCUAUCCUCCCUGGCUGUUGAAAAAUUGUCCCACUGGUUGAAACUCUGUAAGGAUGUCCUGGCUGCCUCUACAGAGGCCGGUGCUGCAGUCCCUCUUCAAGUUGGGAAGGAGGAAGACUUGGAGAAGAAGGAUGAAAUGGACGAUGACAUCAUGUUUACUGCACUGGGAGAGGACGACAAGUCCAUGCCCUCUGUUGCUCCUCGCUGGGUGACGCGAGUGUUUGCGGCUGACUGUCUGUGCCGCAUCAUCCUGCUGUGUGAGAGCGCAGACAAGGUGCACUUUGACCUGGCAGCUGCCCGUUCAGCCAAACUCAAGAACCCAAAAGAUGAUCUUCUUGUGCUUCACCUCCCGGACCUAAUCCGCAUGGCUUUCAUGGCUGCCACCGAUCACAGCAACCAGCUGAGGAUGGCAGGCCUGCAGGCCCUGGAGGACAUCAUCAAGAAGUUUGCAGCCGUCCCUGAGCCAGAGUUCCCAGGGCAUGUGAUACUGGAGCAGUACCAGGCCAAUGUUGGAGCAGCCCUGCGACCAGCCUUUUCCCAGGAUACACCAUCUGACAUCACAGCAAAGGCCUGCCAGGUGUGCAGCACUUGGAUUGGCAGUGGAGUGGUGAGCGACCUGAACGAUCUGCGGAGAGUUCACAACCUGCUGGUGUCCUCCCUUGACAAGGUGCAAGCUGGGAAGGGCUCCUCCAGUCAACUGUACAGUGAGAGCGCCACCACCAUGGAGAAGCUGGCUGUCCUAAAAGCCUGGGCUGAGGUUUAUAUAGUGGCUAUGAAGAUUAAAAAGGAAGCUGAAAAUAAACCACAGAGAGCGGUGAAAAGCAGUGAGGAGGAAGAGGAUGAUUUUGGGGCAGCAGACGUGCUUCCUCCUGAUAGCCUCAUCACCCUGGUGCAGCCCGAGCUGCCUAAUCUCAACCACCUUUGGCUCGCUGUGCUCAAGGACUACGCUCUUCUCACCCUGCCAGCUGAGUUUGCCAGCCAGCUGCCCUCUGAUGGAGGAGCAUUUUACACCCCUGAGACGAUUGAUACAGCUAGACUCCACUACCGCAACUCGUGGGCUCCCAUACUCCAUGCUGUGGCAGUCUGGCUCAACAGCACAGGCUUCGCAUUGAAAGACCCGUCCGAAGACAUGGCCACCAAUCUUCAGAGAGGUCCGGCAGCCGCUGUUCACAGCCAACCCUCCAGCAGUACGUCUCCAGCUUCCAAAACCCAGGAAGAUGUUGUCAAGGACAAAAUACAUCUUCUCUUAGGUGUCAGCAUUGAGUUCCUGUGUUUCCCUAGACCAGAGGAACCUAUUGAACAUGUUGCAGCCUGUCUGCAGGCCCUUCGUACCUUACUAGAUUCCCCUUGUGUAAGAACCCACAUCGCAGAGGACCAGCUGCUUGGUGUGGAACUCCUGAAUGUGCUUCACCGUUUGCUCCUUACCCGCGAUCCUCCCUCUGUGCAGCUUCAGGUAACCGAUGUUGUGUGGGAGACCAUACGAGCUGCACAGGAUCAACUACAAGAGCAAAGACGUGCCAAGUGUAAAGAGGAUGCUAGUGAGAAGGAUGCUGCUUGUAUGCUGGGGGAGGGAGGGGAUACUGGAGGCCUUGUUCCUGGGAAGUCCCUGGUAUUCGCUGCCAUGGAGCUGCUUGUAUUCAUCCUGGUACGACACCUCCCACAGCUUAACACCAAGGUCAUGGACUCUCCCAGCCACAUGCCCUACAAACCACAGAGACUGCCAGAGGAGAGCGCCAGGCUGGUGGCAGCCACUGUCACCAUCUUAGCCGACCUGCCAUCACUCUGCUCCCCAGAUGGAAGCAUGACCAUUCUACCCACAAUUCUUUUCCUGAUCACUGGUGUGCUAAAAGAAACCGCGGAAAAGACAGCAGACAAUCAGGUCCCCCCUCCCGUCUCCGCUGCUCUGCAGGGCAUCAAAACCAUAAUAACCUCCCCAAUGGCCAAGGUGGAUAAAACCCAUAAGGAGUGGACGGCUCUCAUACGAAGCACUCUGGCCUCUGUCUUGGAGUAUUCAAAGCCAGACGAAUCCAAGCCCAAGAUGGAUGAAGUGAGCAUGCUGACGGCGAUCACUCUCUUCUUGCUGUCCGCUGGUGCAGAGAUUGUUGGUGUUACUUCCUUACAGAAUGGCUGUAUGAAACGGUUCAGAAAUGCCUUGAACUCCAGUGACCCAUGGGUGCAGGCAAAAUGUUACCAGCUUUUACUUUCUGUGUUGCAACACUCCAACCGGGCCCUGUCGACUCCGUACAUCCACUCGCUAGCCCCUCUAAUAGUGGAGAAGCUGAAAGCUGUGGAGCGGAGCAAACCCAACAGCAAUACUGAGCUGCUAGCUGUGCAGGAGGGAAUCAAAGUCCUCGAAACCCUGGUUGCCAUGGGAGAGGAACAAAACAGAGUCCAGCUCCUUGCUCUCCUGGUUACAACACUUAUAUCCUAUCUUCUGGAUGAGAACGCUUUCACUUCAGCCCCACCUGCUUCCAAGGGCCUCCACGAGUUUGCACUGCAGGACCUGAUGCGCAUCGGGCCACUCUACCCCAGCGCCUUCAAGACAGUGAUAGGGGCUGCCCCGGAGCUGAAGUCCCGGCUGGAGACUGCAAUCCGAGCCAGCCAAGCCAGCAGCAAGGCCAAGGCAGCUGCAACACUGGCCCAGACCACUGUGCAAGCAGCACCUACCAUCAAACUCAAAACAAGCUUCUUCUAAAGUGGCAAUCCAGGGCGGGCUGCAGUACUCUAUGCUCUACAUGAGAGCCAUAGACAAGCCUAUUUCCCUUUGGCCAGUAUAAACUGAGUGACUUCCCUCUUGUGGUGUGGAUUUUUGGGUUGUUUGUGCCCAGGAUAGAUACACUAUCAAUUUCUGGCCUUUUAAAAUUCCUGGGCUACUUUUAAAGGGCUGCUUCUUUAUUUAUGUUUUUUCUUUUUCCUUUUUUUUUUCUUUUCUCUGGCUGGCUACUACUACUGGAGUAUAUUUCUGUUAUAAUAUUUGUGUGAAGAAUAGCUUAUUAAAUAAAACCUACUUCAUUAUUUUAAAUAUAUGAAUGGCUGAAAAAAUGUAUAGAUUUAUGACAGAAGUUGCAGAAAUUAAAUAUUUUCCCUAUUCUUUUGACUGGCUCAUGACAUUGAGGGCCUGCUUUUCAAAAAGUUCUGUAAGGGGUAAGUAAUGAGUAAGGGUAGUAAAUAAAAUGUACUAAUUGUUAUUAUUUUUAAACUAAAAGUAUGCUUUGAACUUCUAAUACAAGUCCUGUUUUGUGCACAUUUAAGUCACAUUUAUAAGUACGUUUACACAAAAUGUAAUGCAUUUUGUAAUUAUGUAUUCAUUCUCAAAGUUAAUAAUCAAAAGAAUUGGAUCUUCUUUUUUACCUGAAACUUGUAUGGACAACACAUUCAUAGACAGGUGUUUUGCUCUGGGCAAGAAGUCACUUAAAAAUGACCUAUUGCUUUUAGAAAAGAAACCUUACUUAACAUUGUUGUCUCCUGCAUUGUACUCUGCAUACCUAUAACAGGGAUGUGUUAUGUGUGUGGGUCACCACUGAAUAAUCAUGAGUCAGACACAGAACAUUGGAUUUAACACGCCACACAUUGUGCAGAUUUAUUUAAGACACACACACACGUGCUGCCACUAGGGAACCAGCAAUGGUAGAGUUAGUGUCAUAUUUAAUAAAGAAAACAAAACAAAGCUAAAACUAAAAGUUUACCACACACGACAUCCAACAUCCCCAAAAUUUUCCCAGGCACCGUGUUGCAGUUGAGGGGUACUGUAGUAGUCCUCCUCUUUGAUAUAGCAUGGCGGUGCAAUCACCUCGGGCUGUGUGCAGCCUCACCAGGAAUGCCCCCCCAGCCAAUCCAGACCUGAUCACUUCAGAUCGGUUGCCUAUCAACUCGUCUUCUGUUACGCAUCCUAGCUCCACACAUCCACGCAAGAACCAGUGACAAAGUCCUCCCUGUCACAAUACCCCAUCUUUCAACAUAAUAAAUUUUUUGAUGCUUUAGACACAGGUUUGUAUUUUUUCCUCCGUUAUAUUUUGUUUCUUGGGAUGUUAAGCUCAUAAAGGAGAAGAUAAUGGCACUGGAUACAGUGCACCUCAGCCCUGACCAGAACCCCUUGUAAAUGUAAUCCUGGGUUUUUUCAAGAGACUGCCAGUUGUGCUUUGAUUUUUUUGAACAUAGGUCAGUGCUGUUUGCAGCAUAACUCAGUUCAUUAAUGAUGUGAAAAAACUUAAUGAAAACAAAUGAGAUUGUGUUGAAAUCAAUAUUGGAGACCGCUAAGAUACAUGACAAAUUCUAAGGUAUUCAGAGUUGCAAAAAAUUACUUUUACAAUGCUCCCUGAACACUGGCGCUGAAACAGGUCUUUUGCUUUAACCUAAAAGCUAUUUCAUUGUCCCUGUUCUUUGUCAGACCUUUUUUUUCUAAAAGAACAUCUGGAUUUAGUUUGUGUGUCUAAUUAUUCAUUAAGGUUGCUACCCACCAGACGCAAUGCAUCAAAAUGAAUAGAACCUAUACUUUUUGAUAAGUAUCUUCCACACCACAGGCGACGUAGGAGCAGCACUGGAGCAACGCAAAAUAAAUAAAAUGUAAUCCUAUUAUUUGUGAUUUGACGCGUACCAACUAAGACAUUGAGUAAUCAGAGAACAGCUUUAAUGCACAUGAUCCAGCAGGGUGAUGCAGCAUCCAAAAUGACUGAGGAAACAAUAAUUGUCUUUGAAAAAAUACCCAGAGCUUUAUGACAAAGAGCAUCACAAUUAUAGAUACAGAUUUGAAAUAUAAUAUAUGGGAG